GUUGCGCCCGUCGGACACGCGUGUUUUACGGUUUUUUAUUUAUCUCAUCUCCUCGUUACGACUACCCCGUCGGAUGCAUUUGGUCUGCGUUUGAUCGGCCACUUCCGCCGCCGGCGGGUAAUUUUUCCUGACAGUGUCGUGUGUUGUAAAAAUACAGGAAAACUAAACAACAAUUUUUUUCGGAUUUUCUGCUACAGUUUUCGUUUAGUCGAGUUUUCAUGGUACAGCAAUUAAUUAUCCGGACUUGGCGGCCGACCGCGGGUUGUUGACGACCGCCGCCACCAAUCCAUACAUACCGUGGGUGUGUAUCGCAACUACAUCAAAUUGUGUCACAGACUUAUUGAGGAUCGACGUCGCUUAGAAAGGAAAAUGACUAGAAACAGCGGUAUGUCACUGCCACUGCGGUUGUUGCUACUGUCGUCGGCCUUGGCGACGGUGGCCGUAGCCCAGUCGAACUACGAUCAGGUCGAAAACAGUAUCGAAUUCCCAAGUCCAGAUCGGGGUCUGCCUGAAUCCACGGUGCUGGACGGCAAGGUCACCAAGCUGGACGAAUUGGCCCCAGUUAUAUUUUUGAACAGGACCAAAGCGGCGCUGAAUUGUGCCGCCGGAUUUAUGCAGAUCGAACUCAAGUUCGAAGAACCAUUUUACGGUAGGGCUUAUGCAGAUUUUGACCGGAGCAGUGCGUGCACUGUGACUGGAAAAGGUAACAAUACAGCCAGGAUCGACUUGCCGCUAAAAGGAUGUGGUACAAGACAAGAUCCGCAAAGAGUUUUUACCAACAACAUCGUAGUCAGGUUCCAUCCUUUCUUAGAAAUGGACGGUGACGAAGUGGUAACGAUAGUGUGCAGAUAUCCACCGCCUAUUGCACCACCACCAGCUGGUAUACCUAACAAAAUUAUCGAUUUACCAUCGACGCCACUGGAACCACCACUAAAGGGCUUCCAGAUCCUGUUGAUUGUGUGUGGCAUACUAUUUUUGUCGCUGGUCUUGUUAGGCCUCGGAUGUUCGUACUACUGCCUGCGCAACCAGCAAGUGCAGGUGGUCCGUCGGCACCCGUUGUCGUCCGUCGGCUCGGACAAACUGUCCGACUCCAGCUUAUCCAUGUUCGAUGGGCUGAAGAUACCGCGGGCCAGGGCUCCGACACUAGACAGCUCUUCGGGUUCUGAAAUGGCUCUGGUCAGCGCUGGUGAUACACUGCCUAGUGACUAUCCGUCCGAAUCGCCCAGUUCCGGCCACUCAGAAGCGGAAGACGUGGACGGCCGCAGUUUAAGACAGUCACCAAGUUCCGGCGGAUCGUACGAAAAUCGGGCAUUCCAGCAAGAUUACUACGCGGAACGGUACCAACACUUGCCAGCACCGACCAUUACGCCACCACCACCCCCAGUACAACCGAAGUUCGACGUUCAGCUUCGUGUGAAACGAGCUCCACCACCCACACCAAGCCCUACGCCACCACCGUCCGAGUCCGAGGCGAGCGUGGCAGCCUUAGAACGAAACCUGACCACCAUUUUAGAAAAGGACGAGACGAUGUCGAUGACUACUUCGAUAGCAGCGGCCGAGGAACAGUACCGACCAGUGUAUUCGACGGUUGUGCGCAAGGACAGGGACGAGACUGAAUGGUACAGGACGGAAGAGAACGUAUCGGUCGCCAACUCAGAAAUAAGAAGGUCGCCGCCACCGCCUCCACCAUCAGCGCAACUUCAUACAGCGACUGACAAUCAUCGGUAUGCCACUACGUCUAAAUAUACGACUGAGAUGCAAGUGGACGUCGUCGAACCGCCUGUGGUGCCGACCAAACGACCAGAAAUCACGUCGCAUACGGUUGAUGACGUGUUCCUGAAGACGAUUACCGAGAAGAAAACGAUCGAAGACAUCGAACGACAUCGUCGAGAAGUGGUUGAGUACAAGCCGCGACCGGUGCCGCCGCCGGCCAGCUGGGAUGUGACCAUUAAGAACUACCCGAAUCCGGACGCGUUGUACCCUCAGUCUGGUGAAGACACUGCCACCGACUGGGAUAGUUACUCCGAGGCGUCGUCAGUGACCGGUUAUCCGCCGGCUGGUGUUGACCGCCAGACAAGGAUUCAGUCAUACAACAGUAACGUGAUGUCGACAGCCACUACCGAGGAGAAUCAAAUUAGGUACCUGAGCACUAUGGAUGUGCCAGUGCCCAAGCCGGAAAACUGGGAAUCGUUGGUUCGAGUCUUGGAACCGGAACCUGAGCAGCUGGAACCCAACGCUAGAUAUAGGGUUGAGCAGACACUGACGCUAGAUGACAAACGUAAGUGGCGGCAGAUAAUCACUACCGAAUCGACGCUCCGGCAGCUUAUCACCGAGGCAACUGUCCGGGAAGACUUCGAGCGCAUCCGUAGCGAUCCCAAGUACGAAAGGAUAUUCGAACCAGAAAAGUGGGACGUUAUCAUACGCGUGAUUGCACCACCGCAACACUACGACCAGAAGGCCGCAGGGUCGUCCAACAGGUACACCAAGAAGAAGACCGAGUUUGAAGGAGCUAGGACGAGGAGAAACUCACUGCCAACUGUCUACGAAUACGAUUCUGAUGGCGGGUCUAGCGUGAGGACGUUAACGGCAGCCGACGAUCAUGGUCCCAUGGGACCAACCCGGUCAAGGAAAACGUCCAGGUCAAGCUUCAAAUCUGACAUGGAUGUCAGAUCGAUGAGCGAGAUGAUGGUGGACUUCCGUCGACCGGAAAUGCCGGACAACUACAGCGACGUGAGCUCGGCGUACAACUACAACUAUCAGCAGAACCAGCACCAGUAUCAAUACCGCCGGGGCGGUUCGUCUUAUUACGCCGACGACGACGCGGGCAGUUUGGUCCGGUCGCUCAGCCAACCGUCGCUGGCCCGGUCCGCGUCCGAAUUCACCGAAAACAACUGGGGACUCCGGAUCCGGUCGUACGAAGACGGCGACGACUUGAGCAGUCCCGAUCACACGCCCAGGUCUUCGUUCCGGUCGACCCGUGGUCCGCGGCAGCUGCAACAGCAGUCGUAUUCCGCCGAGACGGAGUUCGACGGAGCUCGCGCCGCCGCCACUGGCGCGAACGCGACUACUGGCCGGAGGAGGAUGUUCGGCGGUCGCACCGUGUCCGCGGCAGAGUGGUUCCACGACUCGGACGAAAACGACGCCACUUACAGAUGAACAAAAACCACCCUCGUACCCGCCAGUUGCAGACGACAUAAUGUAUAUAUUAUAAUUGUAUAAUUUUAUAUCGCGAAGAAUUUACCUUCAGCUGUAAUCGCAUAUAUAUUUAUACACAUAAAAAUACUAAAUAAUAUGUACCUCAUAAAUUUGACUCCCCCCUCCCCAGACACUCAUUGUGAAACUCGUUUUUUACGAUUAUUAAUUAUUUUAUUUUUAUUAUUAUAUUUUUGUUAUUACUUCGACGGGACACAUUGUUUAACGUGUGUCCCAGCUGGCCAGGUGCAAUAUUUCGCGUACUCUAUGUCAUAUGAUAAAUUAUGUCAUCAAACAUGAGCGAACCUCCCCUAAUCUGCCCCCUCCCCUGUAACUGCCCGUAUGAAGCUCAUUAUAUAUAUAUAUAUAUAUAUAUAUUAUUGUAUAUAUAAAUAUAUAUGUACAACCGUAUUUUUAAUAUCGCCCAGCACACUACGACUCUCGCGACAUAUUAUUAUUAUGAUUGUCGUUAUAUCGAUUAAUUGUUUUAUUAAUUUUUACUAACUAUAUUAUAUAAAAAUACAUCAUAGUAAUAUAUACUUAUACGACAAUGUAUUGAACGUGCUGCGAAACAGACUAAAUAUCGAUGGCCGUUUCAGCGUUGAUUCGACAGGAGUUUAUUGAUAUUAUAAUUAUUAUUUUUUUUUUCUUUAACAAAGGUAAAUUUACAAUCAGGAUACCACGCGAUCCGCCAUGUGCCAAACUAACUAAUAAUAUAAUACAUAUAUUUAUAUAUAGAUUUAAGCCACUGGGGACUCGUACUCGUUACGCAAACUGUUAUUCUACACACGUGCAGUAGUCUUAUACAGAGUGUUUAUUUUAUCGUGAACCGGGCUAUUAUUGCGAUACCGAGGGAAAUAAUUUUUGUAAUAUUUUUUUUUUAUAUAUAUAUAUAUACAUUCUAAUUUGUAGUAUUUUAAGAUAUUGUCUGGUUUACGAUAAAAUACGUUUAAAUAUAUCUUUAUACGUUUCGGCGUUGACACUUUUUUGUUUUUUAACUUUUGAUACUUUACACUCAUCGAUUUCCCUGCGAUUAAUCGUUUCGUGUUCCUAGCCAUUUAUAAUAGACGAAUAUCGUGUUAAACUGAUUUUAUUCUCAAACGAAACUGUGAUAAUGUGGGCGCAAUUGUUUAACUGCACCAUGUCCGCGUACAUCUUUUUUUUAACGUCAACAUAACAGUAUUUAAUUAUAAUACACUAUUAACCAUUACCUUUAAUGAUAUUGUAUUUUGUUUUGCUCUUUUAUAUUUUACAACGGUUCUAUACUUUUUGCUUGGUACCUACGUGUCGGUUGAUGUAUAAUGUAACGAGUACAAUUAAAUACAAAGUGUCUUAAAAGUCAUAUUAUUAUUAUAGUUAAUAACUUAUUAACGAUUAGUUUGUAAGUAAAAUGAAAUCUAAAAAAUGUUCAAUAAGAAUUUUCAUUGUUCACUUGUACUAAUUUUUUUUUUUUUUUAAGUGAAAACUGGAAAAUCUUAAUUGAUUAUAAACAGUGC